AUGCCUAGGGUUUCGGGCGUCGGCUCCGGCGCCGUUGGCCAUGUCGUCCUCGUUUCAUCCGAACUCGGAGGAGAAAUCAGAAUUGUCGUCAAAGUAACAACUAUGGAAGAGAUAAAAAGGUGCAUGGAGAAGGAUGUUAACGGAGUGACAAAGGUUGCAAAACUCACCGGAAUCAAAAUGACAACACUAGAAUAA